AUGGACGAGACAAGCAGCGAUAUUUCUAUGGACGAACUGGCAACUGGGCACCCUGGGGACGAGAGAAGCAGCGAGAUUCCUGUGGACGAACUACCAGCUGUACACCCUGGGGACGAGAGAAGCAGCGAGAUUUCUAUGGGCGAACUGGCAACUGAACACCCUGGGGACGAGAGAAGCAGCGAGAUUCCUGUGGACGAACUGCCAGCUGAACACCCUGGGGAGGAGACAAACAUCAGUGGGGAAUUAGACACGGUAGGGCAGCAGGAUGAGGAAGGGGACAUUCCGUGUGAGGAGAAGAGGGAAGUAACAUCUGACCAUCCUCCCGCCACACAUGAUCGAACAGAGCAGACGGACGGGUCUGUGGAGAAAGGUAGUGUAGAGAAAAACUUCCCGUGUACAGAGCUUGACUACAGGACAGCUUCAAAGAGCGACCUAUUCAGACACGCUAUAACCCAUACAGGGGACAAACCCUAUAAGUGUGACCAGUGUGACUAUUCUGCAACAAGGAAAGACUAUUUAAAAAGUCACUUGGUCAAACACACUGGAGAAAAACCCUACAUGUGUGGAGAGUGCGGACAAAGAACAGCUCACAGGUCUGCAUUAACCAAACACACGAGAAUACAUACAGGUGAGAAACCCUAUAAGUGUGACCAGUGCAACUUUUCUGCGGCAAGGAAAGACUCUUUUGACCUCCAUAUAGCCAAACACAGUGGAGAAAAACCCUACAUGUGUGGAGAGUGUGGUUACAGAGCAGCACACAGGUCCGACUUAACCAAACACAUGAGAGUACAUUCAGGUGAGAAACCCUACAAAUGUGACAUGUGCGACUAUUCUUCUGUACGAAAACGUGAUUUGAACAGACAUAAGUCUAAACACAGCAGAGAAACAGAGCAGAGGGACAGGCUUGCGGUGAAAAGUAAUGUGGAGAAACGCCUAAUCUGUAUAGAGUGUGACUAUAGAACAACUUCAAAGAUAGAUCUGGUCAGACACGCCAAAACCCAUACAGGGCAGAAACCUUAUAAGUGUGUCCAGUGCGACUUUUCUGCAACCAGAAAAGAUUACUUCGACCGCCACAUAGCCAAACACACCGGAGAAAAACCCUACACAUGCGGAGAUUGCGAAUUUAGAGCAGCUUGCAAGUCUAACUUGACCACACACAUGAAAAUACAUACAGGUGAGAAACCCUACAAAUGUGGCAAGUGUGACUAUUCGUCUUUACGAAAAUAUGAUCUGAACAGACAUCUUUCUACACACCCUGAAGAAGCAGAUCAGACGGACAGGCCUGUCGUGAAGCGUCCUGAGGACAAACGCUUCGCAUGUGAAAAGUGUGACUACAUGGCAGCUAAAAAGAGUGACCUGUUCAGACACAACAGAACACACACAGGUGAUCUAAACCUGCAUAAGGCUAAACACACCGGAGACAAACCCUACAUUUGCGAUGAGUGCGGAUUUAGGACUGCUAACAAGUCUACUCUAGUAAAUCACAUGAGAAAACAUUCAGGUGAGAAACCCUAUAAGUGUGACCAGUGUGAUUAUUCAGCCGCUAGAAAAAGUUACUUGGACCAACACAAGCUACGACACACCGCUCACGUCAGGAUUUUAGUGGUGUAA